AUGAAUAAGCCACCUAAUAAGCUCCAUCAGGCUAUUGCCAUGAAGGAUUUGGUCAAGUUGAAGGCACGUCUAUCACAGUCACGCAAGGCCAAGCUCGAAAUGAAUGAGAGAGACUACUUGGAUCAGACACCACUCUGUGCAGCACUCAAGUCUGGCUCAUACGACAUCGUCCGUGAGAUACUAGCCUUCUAUCAUUCAAACAAGAUGGACGUUAACGAGCAGGAUAAGAAUGGAUAUACACCAUUGCAUGUUGCAGCGAGCAAUUGUGAUGAUCAGAUAAUGACACUGAUGUUGAACCAUGAUGGCAUCAAGGUUAACUUGGUCAACGACGAUAAGAACUUGCCACUGCACUACUUCUGCCAGAACUUCAAGUCGCCAAACUGUCGCGAACCCUUCAAACUGUUCCUCGAGAAGGGCGUCAAUGUGAAUCUACAGAACAAGAAUGGCGAGUCCGCUUUGCACAAGUCCAUAUUCAACAACAACAUACGUCUGCUCAUGGUCAACCUGUUGCUCGAGGCUGGUGCCGACGUCAACGUUCUCACCUCGCGUGGUGAGUCGCCACUACACUUUGCCGUGCGUCUUGGACGUGAGGACCUCGUGUCCGUUCUAGUCAAGGCUGGUGCCGACCUAAGUAUCAAAGGCAACGAGAAGAAGACCGUCUAUGAUCUUGCCAGUCAGAGUGGCAAUACUAAAGUGACCAACUUCCUAAAGAAUGUCCAAGAGAUACACAGUUGGCUAAAGACUAUAGAGUUGGAACAGUAUUGGCCUAACUUUGUUCGUGAAGAGAUAUUCAUGGAUCUGUUACCAGAGGUGGAUGAGAAGACGUUGGACUCGCUCAAGAUCACCUUCAGUGGACAUCGUUUGAAGAUUAUUAAAUACUGUAGAAUACUCAAGGAACAACUGAAUGGAAUAGCCAACAACAAUAACAGCAUGAACAAUCUAAACAUUAGUGGAACGAUCGAUAAACAGCAACAACAACUACAACAAUCACAGCAACUACAACAACAACAACAACCAUCAUCUAUAACACUUACAACACCAACAUCACCACCAACAACAACGACAUCAACUUCAACUGCUGGAGCCAAACCAAACCUCUCGAUGGAGUCCAACAAGUCGGGCUCAACACCAAACUCUGCGGCAUGCAGUCUCGAGUCGUCGGGCUCGAUAUCAUCCGAUGGACUGAAGGAGUCACUGGCAACGCUCGAGGGCAUCAAGUCAAACACGUCGUGCGUGAUUGACCACGCCGACCUGGAGUACACGCUGAAGCUGGGCUCAGGCUCCAGCGGCAAGGUCUACAAGGGCAUCUACAAGAGCAAGGAGGUGGCGGUCAAGGUGCUCAAGGCCAUCACUACACAGAUACAGCUAGAGGAGUACAAGAAAGAGAUACAGAUCAUGGCGGCCAUUCGCUCGCCCUACGUCGUCAACUUCUUUGGCACGUGCUUUGAGCCCAAGUUCUGCAUGGUGAUGGAGUACUGCAGUCGCGACUCGCUGUACCACGUGAUGAACACCAAGAAGUACGACAUUGGAUGGGAUCGCUUCUUCCAGUUCACGAUGCAGAUGACACUGGGCAUUCAGACACUGCACAACUGGUCACCGCAAGUGCUGCACCGUGACUUCAAGUCCCUGAACCUCCUGGUCAACGAGGACUGGGAGUGCAAGGUGUGCGACUUUGGCCUGUCGCGAUUCAACACGGCCGAGAACCUCGAGACCCUGACCAAGACACGUGGCACAUUCGCCUACUGCUCGCCAGAGGUGGCCACGGGCUCGGGCGCACUCUACACCACCAAGUCCGAUGUCUUUGGCAUUGGCAUCGUCUUUUGGGAGUUGCUGAUGCGAGUGAUCAACAGAGAGUACUCGCGACCCUACAACGAGUACCCCAACAUCAAGUUUGACUACCAGAUCAUGAUCAGCUCCAAGGAUGGUCUGCGUCCAACGCCGCCACCCAACUGUCCACCGGGUCUGGCCAAGCUCUACAGACAAUGUGUGCAUCAGGAGCCUCAACAACGACCGUCGUGUGAGGAGAUCAUCAAGGUUUUGAACCAACUUCGCAAGGAAUACACAGAGGCCAAGUCCGAAUGGGAUGACCUCAUCAUCAAGAAGCCAACUCUGUCAUCAACCAACAACACCUCAACAGCAUCACUAUCCAAAGGGGAUUGA